AUGGAAGAUACCGUGACGAAACAAAUAUCCAAUGACCCCGUGGUAGAGGGCUUCUCUCACCAUGCUGAUAAUAUCGCCUCGGAUCGGGAGCCAUAUGGCCCACCCGGUCUGAAAGGACUCGUGGCCAACCCGUUCGUGCUCUUGUGUGCCGCUUGCUCGACCCUCGGUGGUUUGCUCUUCGGUUAUGAUCAGGGUGUCGUGUCAGUGAUUCUGGUCAUGGAUCAGUUCCUGCUCGAGUUCCCGCGCAUCGACGAGGGUAACCCCGGCUCGGGCUUUGCGAAAGGCUUAUUGACGGCUAUGAUUGAGCUUGGAGCGUUGGUCGGUGCUCUUAACCAGGGUUGGAUUGCGGAUAAAAUUUCUCGGCGGUAUUCUAUUAUCGUCGCUGUGAUUAUCUUCACUAUUGGGUCUAUUCUUCAGACCGCUGCGUAUGGGUACCCUAUGUUGGUGGUGGCUCGAUUGAUUGGUGGUGUUGGCAUCGGCAUGUUGUCCAUGGUUGCACCAUUGUACAUCUCUGAGAUCAGUCCUCCUGAGUGCCGUGGUACUCUCUUGGUGCUCGAGGAGUGGUGUAUCGUCCUCGGAAUCGUGAUUGCCUUCUGGAUCACCUACGGUACCCAGUACAUGGUCGGAGAGUGGGCCUGGCGUCUUCCCUUCCUGCUCCAGAUGAUCCCGGGCUUCAUUCUCGCCGCCGGUGUUUACAUCCUCCCAUUCUCACCCCGUUGGCUCGCGUCAAAGGGCCGUGAUGAAGAGGCACUCCACAGUCUCAGCAGACUGCGAUCUCUGCCUGUCACCGAUAGACGAAUUCGCCAGGAACUUUUGGAUAUCCAGGCUGAAGUGCGCUUCCACCAGGAAAUGAACAAGGAAAAGCACCCGAACCUGCAGGGUGGCGGAAAGAAGAAUGCUAUUCUGCAAGAGCUAUCCUCAUGGGCCGACUGCUUCAGGAGUGGCUGCUGGCGUCGUACACACAUUGGUGUUGGACUGGGUUUCUUCCAACAGUUUGUCGGUAUCAACGCCUUGAUCUACUACUCGCCCACUCUAUUCGGAACCAUGGGUCUCGACACAAGCAUGCAGCUCAUCAUGUCCGGAGUACUGAACGUCAUCCAGCUCGUUGGUGUAACCACCAGUAUCUGGACAAUGGAUGUUGUCGGUCGACGCAAGCUUUUGAUCGGCGGUGCGGCUCUCAUGGCUCUCUCGCACAUCAUUAUUGCAAUUCUGGUUGGUCUCUUCUCUUCAGACUGGCCAGCGCAUAAGGCGGAGGGCUGGACCAGUGUUGCCUUCUUGCUGUUCUACAUGUUCUCAUUUGGUGCCACAUGGGGUCCCAUUCCAUGGGCCUUGCCAUCAGAAAUCUUCCCAUCUUCCCUUCGUGCCAAGGGUGUCGCCCUAUCCACGUGCUCGAACUGGCUCAACAACUUCAUUAUUGGUCUUAUUACGCCACCACUUGUCCAAGACACCGGAUACGGCGCCUAUGUCUUCUUCGCCGUCUUCUGUGUACUUGCUGGGCUUUGGACCUUCUUCUUCGUGCCUGAGACCAAGGGCCGAACCCUUGAGCAGAUGGAUCAUGUAUUCAAGGAUAACUCCAGCGAGGCGGAGAAGGAAAAGAGGGCUGCUAUCGAGGCGCAGCUUAUUCAAGCACAGUAUGAGACUGCGCAUCGUGAGUUUGCAUGA